AUGGAUGAAUUUGACGAGUCUUUGGAUAGUAUUGAAGUUCCAAAGCACUCUACUACCCUAUCUGGAUUAUCUGUUGUGUGUAUAGUGGCAGCGUUUACACAUAUUUAUACCGGCAACUCAUCUAAUGCAAUAGGAUCGAUUAUUAUAGCAAUUUGUACUGGGUUUUUCGUCUUAAAUCCCACGUUUUUCUCCAUAACUUUGGCCAUGUCUUCCAGUUUAAUGUAUUUCAUCAUCACCUCAUUGAUCGUGAUAGUAACCUUCACCACAGUAAAUAUUUUGGACAUGAGGGAUAAAACGGUCCUAGACUUAUGGGCAAUAUCACUGGAUGCUAUAACGGCAGGGGGGAUUUUUUCAAUCAUUAAUCACAUUUGGAAUUCGCCAUCUCACAAAUGCAACUUAUUUGUCCCACACUGGGCAAUUUUAGAUGGCAAGGAUGUCUCGGGGAAUGUAUGGACACCAUUCAAUGGGAUAGGCAGGCCCAUAGUAUAG